UCGGCAUCUCCUCUAGGAAGGCCCAGUCUCUGCUCUGUCCGUCGUUUCUAUCUGGACUAGGAUUCUAGCUAGCUACAUGGAGGUCUCGGGUAUGGAGAAAGCCCUCCCGGUCCCGGAGGGAAGGAAGAAGGGUGGCCUUCGAACCAUACCGUUCAUCAUCUCGAACGAGAUCUUCGAGAAGGUGGCCACGUUCGGGCUGCAGGCCAACAUGAUCCUGUACCUGACCAAGCGGUACCACCUGACGGCGGCCACCAGCACCAUCGUGCUCUACAACUGGAGCGCCGUCAGCAACUUCCUGCCCAUCUCCGGCGCCGUGCUCGCCGACGCUUACCUCGGCCGUUUCCGGGUCAUCGCCAUCGGAUCCGUCGUCAGCCUCAUGGGGAUGUGCGUGCUGCUGACGACGGCGAUUCUGCCGGUGUUCAAGACGAGCCCAGAGUGCUCGGCGCACCCGCGGGAGUGCACGCGGCUGCCGUGCCAGCUGCCGCUGCUCUUCACGUCGUUCCUGCUUAUGUCGCUCGGCUCGGGCGGCAUCCGGCCGUGCACGCUGGCGUUCGGGGCGGACCAGCUGGACACGCGGGACAACAGCGCCAAGAACGUCCGGACGCUGCAGACCUUCUUCAACUGGUACUACACCGUGCUGGGGCUCUCCAUCGUCUUCGCCUCGCUCGUCAUCGUCUACAUCCAGGAGACCAAAGGGUGGGUCAUCGGCUUCGCGGUGCCCGUCGUGCUCAUGCUCGUCGCCCUCUCGCUCUUCCUCCUCGGCUCCUCCUUCUACCUCAGGGCGGAUGCCGACAGGAGCGUCAUCCUGGGGAUCGUGCAGGUGCUCGUCGUCAGCUACAAGAACCGGCACGACCCGUUGCCCGCCGAGGCCGCCGACGCCUCGUGCUUCCACAACAAGCCUGGGGUCCGGCCCAGGGCGCCCACCAACAGGCUGAGGUACUUGAACCGGGCGUGCGUGCUGAGGAACCCAAGCAAGCUGACCAACGGCGUUGACGACGGGGCGGCGUGCGGCGACGACCCGUGGACGGUGUGCACGGUGCAGCAGGUGGAGGACGCCAAGGCAGUCAUCCGGGUGCUGCCGAUAUGGUCCACGGCGAUCGUGCCCGGCGUGCUCGUGGGGCAGCAGAUGUUCCCGGUGCUGCAGGCCAGCAACAUGGAGCGGCGGAUGGGCGGCCUGGAGAUCCCGGCGGCCUCCUUCGGCGUCUUCAGCAUCGUCACGCUCACCGUGUGGGUGGCCGUGUACGACCGCGUGCUCGUCGGGCCCUUGUCGCGGCUCACGGGCCGCGCGCGCGGGCUCAGCCUGCGGCAGCGCAUGGGGCUCGGCCUGAUAAUCUUCGCCGUGGCCAUGGGCGUGGCCGCGCGCACCGAGACGCUGCGGCGCGCCGCGGCCAUAGCCGAGGGGCUCCGCGACGUGGACCCGCAGACGACGGGGCGCACGGUGCGCAUGUCGGCCAUGCGGCUCGUGCCGCAGCACUGCCUCAUGGGCCUCGCCGAGGCGCUCAACCUCAUCGGCCAGAUCGAGUUCUACUACUCCGAGUUCCCCAAGACCAUGUCCAGCAUCGGGGUGUCGCUGCUGGCGCUCGGCAUGGGUUGCGGCGCCUUGCUGGGGAGCGCCAUCGUGGGGAUCAUCAGCAGAGCCACGGGCGCGGACGGCCGGGACAGCUGGGUCUCCAGCAACCUCAACAGGGGCCACUAUGACUAUUACUACAUGGUUCUUGCGGGGCUCUCCGUGGCCAACUUCGUGUACUUCGUCUGGUGCGGCUGGACGUACGGGGAGGAGGGGCAGAACAGAGUGAUGGCGACCGAGGACGAGGAGGAGGAUGUGCAGAAAUGGUAGGGAAAGGCAUCAUUGGCGAGUGGCGUGGUCGUUUCGGUUGAGAUGGCGCCUUUCGCUCUUGCGAAUUCCUGAAUUGUUGGUAUGGAUGUGCUUGUGUAAAAAUGGGGGAUGCAACCAAUCUGUAUCAUCAUUCUCUGUGGCUCCUAGAGAUCCCUGACCUGCAACGUGCUUACAUGCAUCUCACUUGCAUUUUCGUGUUU